GGCCACCACCACUCUUAACUGUGCUUGAGCUGUGAGACUUAUCUUAAGGUUGUGUGUCUUUCAUAAAUUCUCCAUUAACAAAGGCUUCGGUCGCCAUACUGAAGUAAACAAAACCGGCACAAGUCUAGUUUGGUCCUGUGUGGCGGCAAGUGCGCUUCAGAGCCGGUGAUUAGUGACACUCACAGCUCGCCAGUGGCACCCCCAGUGAUUCGUCAAGAGAAAAACCAAAAAAUUUACUAAAUGUAUAUCUUUGGUCCUUAAUCUUGUUUUUUUCAUUUACAACAAUAAUCAAACCAUCGUAACCCUUUAAGAUUAAUAUAAACCAUUUGAUCCAUACAUAAACCUCGCGCGUCAUAGAGCCAGAUCGCGUUCCGAAUCACAUCGAAACGCGGCGACGACAAACACCACCACCAUCACCACCAACACUACCACCACCAUCACCACUAGCGACGAUAUCUCCAUUAUCACCACCACCAGCUGCCCUACCAUCACCACAGCUGCGACUACUACCACUACCACCACUAUGACGGAGGAAGUGAAGGUGAAGGGCGUGACGAAGGAGAGGGAACAAUGGGGGAACAAGUUCGACUUCCUCCUGUCGGUGAUCGGGUUUUGUGUAGGACUUGGCAACGUCUGGAGGUUCCCUUACCUCUGUUACAAGAAUGGUGGAGGCGCCUUCCUGAUCCCGUACUGCGUGUGGCUGGGAGGUAUGCCCAUGUUCUUCCUGGAGGUGGGCAUGGGUCAGUUUAUGAGUGAAGGAGGGAUCUCGGUGUGGAAGAUGUCACCGUUAUUUCAAGGUAUAGGGUUUGCAGCCAUUGUAGUGUGUAACUGGCUCAACGUGUACUACAUCGUCAUCAUCGCCUGGGCAUUGUUCUACUUCAUCCUGUCGUUCCAGGCUGUGCUUCCAUGGACCACCUGUGAUAACAGGUGGAACACUGAGGCGUGCGUGUCCUUCAGUGGAGAGACUAACCACUCCUUCAUUCAGGAGCUCAAAGACAAUAACAUUUUACCCAAGGACUCCGUCGUCGAAUUCUGGGAUAACCGCGUGCUUCAGAUCACAGAUGGGGUGGGCACACUCGGCACGAUGGUCUGGCCUCUGUUCGGUACUCUGAUAUUCUCCUGGGUGUGCACUUACUUCGCCAUCUGGAAGGGCGUGAAGGUUACCGGCAAGAUCAUGUAUUUCACAGCCACUUUCCCGUAUGUGAUGCUAACGGCUCUGCUGGUCCGUGGGGCGACGCUGCCUGGGGCUUCUGAGGGUAUUCGAUUCUACCUCGAACCCAAAUGGGAGAAAAUCCUCGACUAUCAGGUGUGGAACGAUGCUGGCACGCAGGUCUUCUAUUCCUACGCGGUGGCUCUCGGUGGGAUGAUCGCUCUUGGCUCCUACAACAAGUUCAACAACAACUUCGUGAGUCAGUGUGCCAUCUUGUGUGUGUGUAACUCCUGCACUUCAUUAUUCGCCGGGUUUGGCAUCUUCAGUAUCCUCGGCUUCAUGAGCUACCAACUGGAGCUCCCCAUGGAGCAGGUCGCAGAGGCUGGACCUGGGUUGGCCUUCAUUGCAUAUCCUAAGGCUAUGGCGUCUAUGCCCUUGGCGCCCCUCUGGUCAGCCCUCUUCUUCUGUAUGAUCCUCAUGGUCGGUCUAGACUCCCAGUUCGUCCAGGUAGAGUCGGUGGUCACAGCCAUUGUGGACCUGUUCCCUGACUACCUCCGUGUUGGACGCAGGAGGGAGGUGCUGGUUGGGGCCGUCUGCCUAAUCGACUUUGCCAUCGGGUGCACAAUGGUCACUCAGGGAGGAAUGUACGUUUUCCAAAUCUUUGACUCCUUCUCGGCCAGUGGCAUUAUCCUGCUGACCAUCUGUUUCUGUGAGUGUAUGGUUAUUGCCUGGGUGUACGGCGCCAAGAGGUUCUCAGACAAUGUGAACAUGAUGUUGGGUCAUGCCAUUAACCCCUACUUCACCAUCUGCUGGAAGUUCAUCACUCCCACCCUCACGCUGAGUAUGGUAAUCUUUGCCCUGAUCUUCCAAUCUGCGCUGACCUACAACAAGACUUAUGUGUACCCUGUCUGGGCUCAGUGCAUGGGCUGGCUCCUUGUGUUUGGUUCCUUGGUAUGGAUCCCCGGCUUCACCUUCUACAAGUUUUUCCAGUACCCCGGCACCUUCAGGGAGAAGUGGAUUGCAUCUACGCCUCCCAUUUUGAAGGCCCACCACUUGAGGCCUCAGGACUGGGAGGAGAAUUCCGACCUCCCAUAUAAGAAGACCAUGACCAUGGAUCCACUUACUGAAGAUGCAUAAACUUCCCCUUCCCAGGGACUCCUCAGGGAGCCAACCACGAUGAAACAGGUGAAAGAAGGAAAAAUCCACCUGUUUCUUCUGAGAUGUUCCAGAAGCAAGAAAUCGUCCACUCAUUCCUGCUGUCGACUGAUAUCUUGAUGGAACAUUUUAAAAUGUCUUCUUACCCUGAGUAUGGAUGCAAUAAUCCUCAGAGAUUUCCAUUCAGGGGAAAGUAAAAGUAAACGAGCCUGUAGAUGAUGAUUAACGAAAGUGACAGAUGUAACAGUGAUAAGCACUCCCACCUUACUGUUUGUGACUUGUUAUGAAAGAAACGUCUGGCAACCGUAGACCAUAGGUUGUUUGGGCUGUAUUCGUGAUGUAGGUUUAUUCUCACAUUGUUAUGACCAUACUGUAGGUGCAUCGAGGUGGUUAGUACUCACCUGGCAGAGAUGCGACAGAAUAUGCAAGCAAUACAGUAUUAAUAUUACUCUACAGCAUCUUAAUAGCUACAGUUAAAUGGCUACUUUAGUUCUGUCACAUAAAGCUGACCAGGAUGUAUUGUGUGCUCAAUUUAGCAACCAUAUUAGUCAUUUUAUAAGACAAAAAAAUGUGGUUACCCCAUCACCUACUGCAUAUGAGGAGCAAGUUGUGUCUACCAUGAGGUGCACUGCCUAAAAAAAGUCUUCUGUAACAUCCUGGUCAGGUUGUUGAGACGAGGCCAAGGCAGUAUUAGCAUGAAGUAUUUAUUUAAAGACAGAAACACUAGUAAAAAUUGUCGCCUCGUCACGUACUACUUAGGAACUUAGAACACGUGACUCUGCUGGAUAUGUUGAAGGUGGUCAGUUGCCAUCUGCUGACCGGGGAAACACCGUCCAAGGUUGAAACUAAAGUAAAAGACCUCUCGAUGACUAUCUCCCUGAAGCAAAUGUACGAAAAACAAGCAAAGUCCAUUGCCAAAUGCUGUAUCAGUAUUUUCGUUUGUGUUUUCCUUAAAUGAUGGAAUCACAGAGAAAAGUAUUUUGUUUUUCUAUUUGUGGAUGAUUGAAGUGAGACUUCAUGAGCCUUUGUAUCCGCCUUGGUGCUGCUCCGUUAUCCAGCGUUGGAAAUGUGGUAACGGCUAUUUUGUGCUGUACAAUAUUAGAGUUAAGCCCUAGUCGGGAAUAACUUUGAGUACUAUAUAGAAAUUCUAUGUAGGAAUUGUUCAAAGUGUAAUGUUAGAUAGUGUCGGAUGCUGAAACAGCAACGACAUCAAAAAUGUUACUUUGACUGAUCUGUUAAUGCCCAUCUCACAUUUGUUUAUAGUCACUGUUGUCAUUUUAUUCAUGAAUCAUCGUCUUGUGCAUAUUCUGUAGUUACUCAUUUGUAUCAUUCCAUAUUGUCAUGUUUAUGUGUUACAUAAUGCCAUAGUUGCAUAAAUUCAUGUAUAGUGCAUAAGUAUCUGCAUAAUGGGUGGAAGGCACUAGGCAAGGACACUUCAGUUUUCCCGUCUGGUCCACCUCACUCACUCUCAUGUAUACUGUAUAUAACUACAGUCUGUCACACACACUUGCGUUUAUCCUAGACUAAAGUUAGAAAUAAUAACUUGAGGAACUGAUGUACCGGGUUGCGUCUUGCUGCUCUUAAUUCGUUAAACCCCUUAUAUGAGGUAGGUUGGUGGGCCUUUCAGUGGAACCUGUGUAACAACCAUAUCUGGGCAGGAGACAAAGAUGUAACCAUGAUACAGGUUCAAGAAAAACACAGAAGCACCGACGACAUUGGUUCGAAUCAAGAAAAGGUCACUUGAAAGUUAGCCAUUUAUUGCCAUGGAAUUUUUAUUCUAAUUAUAACACUUAUUGUUGCUCCCCGGCCAGCCAAACAUAUGCUCCUGCUAAGAGCCAAACUUAUUUACAAUUUCCGGUGUAGAUUCUGAGAGCUAUCUGUAUGCAGUGUAACAAACAUGUGUAUGACUUUUGUUUAGUGAUGUGUCAUCAGCAGGUCAACUGAAGACGGAGCUUAGCACUACAAUAUUCCAUACAAUAUUUCCUUUACCUCAUAAUUCUCCUCGCGGAAAUGGUAACACAUCUCGCUUCGUCUCAUGAUCAUUAAUGUUUUUGUAAAAUAUUAGUAAAUACAAGACUUUGAAUGGUAUGCCACAAGGCUUAACUGUGUUGUUUGAAGAUGAUGUUACCUGUGUGUCCGAGAAACUUGACAAUAAGAACUUGGCCCAAAAAGGUUAUCUGUAAUAUUUGGCAACACAGUGCUUAACUCUGACAGAAUGGCUUGUUAAACUUGGCAUAUCGCUGAACAAACUUGGCAUCCCAUGCUCAAGAAAAAUUCCAAGGCGUUGCCAAAAGUGAAAGGGUACUACCAUGGCCGGCAAUAUACACUAACACACUUCUUUACCAUUAACAGUUAUGGUUGAACAUGUUUGUGUAAUUUUCUUUUAAGCCAAAUAGGUAUGGGAAUUUCAAAUAUUAAUUUUGACAUUUUGGUAGAUCAUAUUUUUAAUCUACGCUUUGCAAACGAAGUUUUCAUGACAUGAGUUGUUUUAUAUUUUUACAUUAUUUUCUAGGUGGCAUCAUCAUUGAUCACAGCCAUAAUAAGCUUGGGUGAGCUUCACUCAUUGGUGAUAUUUAAAACUUAAGUUGCAGGGAUCAGAUUUGUCAAUGUCGGCCUUGUUGCAAUCAUCCGUAACUAGGAACUGCCUGUUUGCCUUCAUAUUGUAGCAUUUAUGUUCAUUCAUAAUAUUGUUAUUCAAAAUCAUUAUCUGUGUUAUAUGAUAAGUAAUUCGCUCAUUAUAACAAUGUGCUCGGAAUUGUCUUCCAUUCUCUCAAACAGGAUAAUGGAACAUCAUUUAAUUUUCCUAUUUUAGGAUUUUUUUUCAUUCAGGCACUACGGGGCAAUCGUUUCCAUGGGCUAACUCAAGCAGUGAAGUGCUUGUUAAUACAACACUAAUGGUGCUGGAGUGAUGUAUUACCCGUCUACCUUAACAUGGAACAACAGCCUCAGUCACUUGUAUUUAGUAUUAAGUUCUAUGAACUUUUAUAGUUUUAAGGCUUGAGCUGCCAGUGUCUUCACAAGGGAAGGAGCGAACUUGGUACAACCAUCAGUAUCAAAUUUCGUGUGUUUACUGUACUUGUGUAGCCGUCAAUUGUGUUGGUGGUGGAGCCCGGCACACCCCGCCCAUGUUCCAUAGCGCUUAUCGUCGUAUUUGAUAUUUAGUGCAGCCGAGCACUGUUUACCCAUGUACCCGUACCUGGGGUAAUGUUCAGCCUCGUGCCUCCACCAUAUUGUGGGGAUACACAGUAAAGCCCUUUAAUGUUCUUAUUAACCACCGUCUGCAGGUUAUAAGUUAUAAACUUUUGUUUGCCAUGUUAUUCAAAGUUUAUCCUAGUAUACAGUAAUGUAAUUAUGGUACUGAAAAUAAUUUAUCAAAAAUUAUAUGGUAAUACUGUAACAACAAUAAUGAGGAAUAACGGGCAGGUUUUAAUUAUGACGUUAGGCUAUGAUGUGAUGCACCACACCCGAGGCUUGAACUACCUGUAUUGAGAAAUUAUGAGUGAACAAAUUUAAAAAUGAUACUUGUUCAGGCCGGUUCCGUGAAAUAUCUCAUCUUAUCCGAUCAAUUCACUGAACAGUAAUUUCAUUUCUUGUUCGCCAGCAUUGUUGAAAUAUGACGUAUCUAGGUACUCCGUUGUUAAAUAUAUUCUUGUUGGUUAAGGAGUAAAGCAAUUAGUGUUCAGCAACUGUAAGAGGCAGCAGGUGUCGCGUCCAUUAUAUAAUUUGUGACCCUGACAACCAUACACUUCAUGUUUGUGACCUCCUUAUCUAAAAAAAAAUAAUAAUCUUCAAGUAUUCUUACUCUUCUUAAUACUUGUUCGAAUUUUUGGAAAGUGGGGACGCUUUUGAGGUCCAUGCGAGAAUUACAGUGUUUAUUCUCCCUCCGUAAAGCUUGGCGUGCCGAGUAUGAACAUGAGCGAUGAUGUGUUAUAAUUAGUGGGAGGACGUCCGCCGCCUCACAGUUUGUUUACGCUUCUGAAGGUGCUGUGCAGAGCUUUGGUCUUAAACUCUGUUACUGGCGAUUUCUGGACAGUGUUUAAUUAAAUGCUAUAUUAUCUAUACAUAUGCGUAUUUGGGAACAAUAAUUUAACAACCAGUUUAGAUUUAAUUGUCAAAAUGUUAACAGAAUGUGUAAAAAGCUGGCAGGGCAGAGAAAAGAACUUUUGCAGUGACCAACGGAGCUCUUUCCCGACUUUUCGAUGAUUGGCCGCUUGUCAUAAGAACCUAAGGAGACUACAAAUUACUUGAAGGAAAGUGUUCUGUUGGUGAGCUGUAAAACUAUAUUUUCUUACUGUAAAAUAAAUAUAUUGUCUGUAUUGUUAAAUUAGAAGCAUCAAAUUAAAAAAUAUAUAUA